AUGGCCUCCAACUCUCCCCCUCCGACCCUCGUGGCGGACGAAAAGGGUUCCUCCCAGCACAAAGACCUCGUCUUCCAUGACGCCCACGACGCUGCCGGCCACGACCAGGCCGCCACCGACCAGUAUGGCCGCGCCUUGGUCGAAUUCGAUCGCGCCGCCGAACGACGCCUGCGCUUGAAGAUUGAUUUCUGCAUCGUCCCCACCGUCGCCCUGCUGUAUCUCUUCUGUUUCAUCGAUCGUGCAAACAUCGGAAACGCCAAACUGGCCGGCCUGGAAAAAGACCUCGGGCUCAAAGGCAACGACUACAACAAAGUCCUCUCCAUUUUCUACAUCUCCUACAUUCUUUUCGAAGUCCCCUGCAACAUCGCCUGUAAAUGGAUGGGUCCCGGUUGGUUUCUGCCUCUGACCACCGUCCUUUUCGGCGUGUGCUCCCUGGGCACCGCCUUUGUCAAUGACAUCCACGCCGUCUCGGGCGUCCGCUUCCUGCUGGGCAUUUUCGAGGCCGGCAUGAUGCCCGGCAUCGCCUACUACCUGUCGCGCUGGUAUCGGCGCAGCGAGCUGGCCUUCCGCAUCUCCCUCUACAUCGUCAUGGCGCCGCUCGCCGGCGCGUUCGGCGGGCUCCUAGCCUCGGCUAUUCUCACCCUCGACCACUUCGGCGGGCUCCACACCUGGCGCAUGAUCUUCGCCAUCGAGGGCAUCAUCACCAUCGGCCUGGGCCUGAUCGCCUUUGCCACGCUGACCGACCGCCCGGAGACCGCGCGCUGGCUGACGCAGGAGGAGAAGGACCUGGCGGUGGCGCGGCUGAAGGCGGAGCGCGUGGCAACGACCGAGGUGCUGGACAAGAUGGACAAGGCCAAGAUGCUGCGCGGGAUCUUCAGCCCGAUCACGCUGGGCACGGCGGUCAUCUUCCUCCUCAACAACAUCACGGUGCAGGGGCUGGCAUUCUUCGCGCCGACCAUCGUGCGCACCAUCUACCCGCACGCCAGCGUCGUGUCGCAGCAGCUGCACACGGUGCCGCCGUACGUGGUGGGCGCGUUCUUCACGGUGCUCUUCCCGCUGCUGAGCUGGACGUUCGACCGGCGCAUGGUCUUCUUCGUGGUCGGCCCGCCGCUGAUGAUGGUCGGGUACAUCAUGUUCCUGGCCAGCCAGGCGGCGAUGGUGCGGUACGGGGCGACGUUCCUGAUCGCCAGCGGGGCGUUUGCGUUUGGCGCGCUGUGCAACGCGCACGUCUCCAACAACGUCGUGUCGGACACGGCGCGGUCGGGCGCCAUCGGCACCAACGUCAUGCUGGGCAACGUCGGCGGCCUGAUCUCGACCUGGUCGUUCCUCCCCUUCGACGCGCCCGACUACCACAUCGGCAACGGGCUGAACCUGGCCACCUCGUCCAUGACGAUGAUCCUGGGCGCGCUGAUGUGGGCGUGGAUGAAGUGGGAUAACCGGAAGCGCGACCAGACGGAUGUCGACCAGGCGCUGGCGGGCCUGUCGCAGAAGCAGAUUCAGGAUCUGGAUUGGCGCAACCCGGCUUUCCGGUGGAAGACAUAG